AUGGCCGCAUCUGUUGUCGCAGUCGAACACCCACGCAUCUACUUCCCCCGGGAGAUCAAGCGAGAAUACCACAAUUCGACCAUCACAAGCCCAGAGUCAUCGUCGUCAACACCCGAUGUCACCACGACCACCGAUCCGUCUACGACGAAACGGGAUCUUUUGAGCGAUCUGAUCUCCGAGAUUCUCGGCACGGAAUGGCCCCCGAAGUCAAGCACCUCCGAGAAGCCGAAGCCCCCUGUGACCACUGUUAUUGUUGAUAGCACUGUGGUCGUUGGCGGUCCGUCUUCCGGAUCUGGCUUACCCAAAGUCACUGUCCUCCCUACGACAAAGAAGACCGAGUCGAAGAAGAAGUCAGGCACCCGCACUAGGUCGUCCACCGAGUCCGGUAUUGUCAUCGGCCCCACGGGCAUUGUUUCGUCGUCUCCAAGCAGCGAGCCCACGGGGGUCACUUCGGUUGAUCCACCAGUUGGCAACAGCACGGUAUCUGAAAGCACAACGACUAGCAAGACCGGUGGUGGUAUUUUGGAUCCCAUUGGCACUUUGCUCAGCAGCCUUUUGCCAAUCCCCGAACCCACGAGCAAGAGCACCAGCUCCCCCGAGCAGCCCAUCUCGCAAAACUCCACGACGUCUGCAGCUCCGACUGAGUCCAAGUCUGGUCUCUUGCCGCCUCUGACCUCGUUGCUCCCCAUUGGAGGUUCGACAACGACGUCUGAUUAUGGAUCUCUCCCAAAUGCGACUUCGACCGAUGUUCCUGUGACCACUACGACUUCUUCGGGCCCAGCCAUAACUAAUGUCCCAACCACCACGACAGAUAUCCCCGUUGGCAACACCACGUCGACUACGACCGGCACGAUCUCGACUCCCACUGUGACUGAUAUUCCCGUCACCAACGGAACGGUCUCCGUGCCCCCAACUGGCACAGCCACCACGUCUACGAUUUCUGGUGAUAACUCAACGGUGAUUGUGGUCCCUUCCACUACUUCUCAACCGACUUUGAUUCCCACAACCACGUCCGAGACAGUGACUCCAUCGACGACCACGGAUGCUGGUGUGACUAGCAUUCGACCUACUGCCACCUUGACGAAUACCAACAACUGGCUUCCCACCACUAUUGUCAUCGAGCCGACGACCUUCUCAUUCUCCUCGCCCACCGCAAGCCCGACUGAGACCACAUCACAGGGCCUGCCGACAACGAUUCCCAAGGUUAUCAACCCCGACAAUCCCACCAAGCCUGCCCCCAGUGGAACUGUUCCUAUUCAGAUUGGCUUCACCUGGCAGCUCAACUAUGUGUUCGUUGCUAGCAACCCGACCGCAGCUUCACAAAUUUUCCAAUUGCUGCCGCGAGCUCUUUCAGAUGCUAGCGGUGUCUCCGUUGACAAGAUGCAAAUCUAUGGAUUGGUUCCCUUCAACACUCAGGCCAACUGGGGUUACAUCACGACCAUUGCAAAUCUGAGCUAUCCCGCUACUCUGGUUGACACCUUGCAGAUGGACUUGUGGACUCCCAACUCAGCGGUCUACAACAAUGCCGAUCCCAUGGUUCGCAACUUGACUUCAUUUAUCAACAUUCAGAUUGAUCUCCACGGCAACAUCAAUUCUGGUGGUGCCCCUGGAAGCGGUGGCUCUGGUGGCAACGGCGGAAACAACAAUAACAACAACAAUGACGCUUUUGGCUCUGGCAACAACCAAGGUGACCAGAAUUCCAAGCAAAAGGCUACCACUGCCGGAAUUGCUGUAGCCGCCGUCGGUCUCAGUGCCGCGUAUGGCGCUGCCAUGUUCAUUGUUGCUCGACGUUACAAGCGCAAGCGACAAGGCCAUCGUCGUGCCAGCUCCAUCACCAGCAGCCCAGCCUCAUCAGAGAUGCGAUACCACGGCAAUGGCAGCCCUGCUCUCAUGGGCGGCGCGUUGAUGAGCCGCGAUACCUCGACUUACGGCGGCGCUGGAGGUCGGGACUCCCACGCCAGCGGCGGACACUCGGCACGCACUGCUGGCAUUUCUGCUCCGGUGGCUACUGAGAACUCGCUCGGCUGGAACUGA